UACCAGCAUGAAGGUCAAGCACUUUCACGAACUGCAGCAGCUGUAGUAGAAGGGAGUGCUGUACUGGAAUCUGUCAUGCUGGAUGAACACCAAGAAGUCAGUAGUUUUCGAUUUUGUCUUACAAGUUUCAUUAAGGGUGUCGGGUAAUUAACUACAAUGGGAAUUUUAUAGAACGGGAACACCUGCAGCUGUAAAAGGAUAUCUGGGAUGAUUAUAUAUACCGCAUGUUUUUUUGUCCUCACAUACACGGUCCGAAUAAGAUUUAAUCACACAACAUCCAUGUUUUGCACAUGGUGCAUAGUUUUUCGCUCCGCUACGUAUCUGAGUCAUGCAAGUAAGUACGAUAUUUUCUAGGAGAUGGAGACUACUGCUUUCACUAUUUGCGCUCUGAACUGUUAGCUACGAGGACUUCAUCUCGACAACUACCCAAGACGACAUCACUCGAUGCAUGCUCAUAAGAUUCUGCGAUCAAAAAUUUUCGUGGUGCGCAUCCCGCACAAAAGCAAGUUUAAUUCAAAAUCACGUAUAAUAAGUUUUUACCCAGCAGUAAAGAACUUGUUUUGGACGAACAGCACAAAUUUUGAUUUUCAACCCUGGUGGAAGAGAACAAUAAAACAGGAUCCCGAUGAAUAAAU